UCACGAAGUAAACAAUGACUCUGUACUUAAUAUUUUCUCCCAUAUCAACGCAGUGAUCACAAAGAUAUCAUCGAUUAGAGCGGCCUGGUAUAUAUUUACACCUAACAUAUUUUUCUAAGUCAGGAUUGUAUGAUAGUUCUCUCACUAACCGCUUCUUCCACAACCUGUUCGUCACGUUAACGAGUUUCGCAUCUGGUAGGGAAUACUUUUUGUUGCGUCAUAUUCUGUACUGUUUACACUCUAGUCAAGCUUCUGUUCAAUACUAGAACGUUAGUAAAAAAAACUGUUUUUCAUAAGCGCUUUCUUCAAAUUUUUCUUCGUUCACUGAAGUUUUUUGCUAUUUAUUAACUCUGACAUUAGAUGAUAGCCUUUGCUGCUAAAAAUCCCAAUUUAUCCAUUUAAAAAAUAAUAAUAAUUUGAACUUUAGUUUGCUUUAGGUAUGUCAUUUUACUAUGCGUAAAAACACAGAUGAAGUUAUAGAGCUUGGACAGCUGGAUCAUAUAAAAUGAAAAAUGUAAUUUAUUUUUCCUUCUUAAGAUAUUAGGUUGUUGUAGGAAUACUAAUUCACAAAUUAAAAGAUUUUAACUUUAUUUAAAAUACACAAUUUAGUAAACAUUUUUGUUCAUUGAAAUAAAAAUUCUUACAAACUUUCAUCUUUUAAAAAAUCAGUUGACCAUUCUUAUAUGAAUCCUUGAUAAUGUGUUGCUGCAAUUCUCCUGAGUUGAAACCUUAUAUAAGUAAGGUUUCUACUGAGAUUUUCUCUAAAAAAGAAAAUUCACAUCCCCAUACUUCAGUUCAUAUCAAUAAAGAAGUUCAUUCUACUGAUCUUUAUGAAGAAAACUUCACAAAAAACGAGUGUUUAGUGAAGCACAAUCUUGUAGCUGAAAAAAUUUUCGUAUGUGAUCUAUGCUGUAAGUCAUUUACUAAAAAAUUUGAUUUUGAAAGACAUUAUCGUGCUCACCUCAACAUAAAACCUUUUAAGUGUAGUGAGUGCUCCCGGUCAUUCUCUUCUACCAGUCAUUUAAACAAACAUAUUCUGAGUCACACUGACGAAAGACCUUUUGCUUGUGAUGUGUGUUAUAAAGCAUUUAAGCAUAAGAUCGGUUUAAAGCAACAUUUGAUAAUGCACUCGAAUGAAAAACCAUUUUCAUGCCAAAUAUGCAGCAAGGCAUUUUCUCGAAAAUAUGAUUUAAAAAUCCAUUGUUCUCUUCAUGCAGAAAUAAAGCCUUACCAGUGCGAUAUAUGUGGUAAAGAAUUUGCUCUGAAAAAUCACUUAAGAUAUCAUCAAUGCUUUCAACAUUGUGAAAAAUCUGUUGCUCCUGAUUCUAACGUAAGAAAAUCUAUCGAGUUGCUAGAAGAUAAAACUUCUCUUGCUUGUGAAUUUUGUGCAAGAACCUAUACUUCUAAAUCUAGUUUGAAAAGGCACUAUCGUUAUCACACAAAAGAAAGACCUUUCUCUUGCGAAAUAUGUAAUAAAGCCUUUUCUUUGAGUAGCAGUUUAGAUAGACAUUAUCUUACUCAUACAAAAGAAAGAUCUUUUAUCUGUAGUAUUUGUAACAAGGCAUUUCAAUAUAAGAACAAUCUUCAAAGACAUCAGCUUGUUCACACUAAGGAGAAACCUUUUGCUUGUGAUGUAUGUGAUAAAGCAUUUGCUCAGAAGAGUCAUAUGAAGAAGCAUAAACUCAUUCAUUUGAAGGAAAAAAAUUCUACGAAUAGAAACUGAGAAAUUUUUCAUCGCUAUAUUUCCAUCCUAUAUCACCUAUGAUCUCAAUAUCAGUCUGAAUUAAUUGUUUGUUUAAAUCAUUUAUUAAACUUAAGUCAAUAGAUUUAAAAGGCUUAUUAAAAAAAUUCAGAAAAUUUUACAAUUGAACAUAAGUAUUUUUUUCAUGUGUAUAAGAGAACGUAGAGAGUUAAUGUAUGUAUACCAUCUCCUCGACUUACAAUACCUGCACAAUAGGGUGGAACGAAAAAAAUCAGUUUAAUUCGUAAUAGUUAAUUAAUCAGUUUAAUUCGUAAUAGUGCGGAAAAGGUGCCUUUUGGUGUAGAUAAAAUAAUUUAUAAAUAUGAAAAAUAUUGUAGUAGGUCUUAAGGUGCCGCAAGAACAUUAAAGUUUCAUUCAUCAAAUGGAAAUUUUUGCUACAUUUUAAAGAUUUUUACGAAAUAAUUAACUUUUGAUUUUUAAUUUGUAAUAGCGCGGAAAAGUUUCCUUUUGGUAUAGAUAAGAUAAAUAAAAAUUAUUAGUAUAUCUUGAGGUGCCGCAAGGACGUUAAAGUUUCAUAAAAACACACUUUUUGCAACUUUUUAAGGAUUUUUGCGUGCCUCGAUUAUGAAAUAAAAAAAUUUCAUUAGGCAUUGUCAUAUGAAUAAAAGUAUAAAAACAGUUUUAUUAUUGCACUGGCAUGGCAAUCAAUCGUCGCCGGACUGGUUGUUUUUGAGGUAAGGCGGUCUGCGUCCGGUGACAAAUAUGGUCAGGCCUUGUUUCAAAUCAGUAGCUUUGCCGAGUUCAUUUGAGUUUGCGUCUCCGCUCGAUCUGUUGUGUAACUGAUUUGUUAGUUUGUGUGCGUUGCUAUGACUAAAAAUGGAUCAGUCUGAAUUAGUGAAGGCAAGACAAAUAUCGGAGUCGAAUAUAUUUUUGGAAAAUGCUUCUGUAAGCGAAAUAUGUGACACUUUAGUUCCCAUAAUAGAACAAAUAUGGUCAAGAGCUUCUAUUCCCGUUGCUUCUUGCAAAAGAAUUUCACAAAUGAUAAAAGCUUAUCGUGCUAAAUUCAGGAAUUUAUUAGUUUAAAAGCAGAAAAAUGUUCAGAUAAGUUUAAUUUCAACCUCACAGAAUUUAAACAAGAAGCUAGACGUUUAUUUGAUAUUGCUGACUUGUAUUUAAAAAAAAAGAAAGGGCCAGUUAUGGAAUAAAAGGUUCUAAACGAUCAAUGCUCUAACAGGAAAAUGGUUAUAGAUAAUAUUAAUAUUGCUACCACAAGUGCUUUGAGGAAGAAAGAAUAAAGAACUAUAGAUAAUAGUUAAGUUUAAUUAAGAACGGACAAAACAUACUAGUGCAUCAGAAACGAUUACUGACGACAAUCACAAUGUGGAACAAUAGUAUUCUUUACAAAAAGAAGCAAGCCAACCAGAUCUAUCAAAUAGACAAGAAGCGAUAAAGCUACCAAGUGCCUGUGCGGUUUAAUAUUAAGUUAAAACUUUGUACAGAAGGUAUCUGAAACUGAACCAAAUAGUAUAAGGGGACUCGGUUAUUGACUUCCCCUGGCUUCCUUGUCACAUGUAAGCAGCGGUAAGAGCUGUGAGAUUCUUGGCUGAAUCGGCUCAAAAUGUCUGGUUCUAUCGCAAGAGAAGGAUACAUAAGAGCAAAAAUUGACUCCCGUGUGAAUAUGCCAAAAAUUAAUUUAAAAAAAGUUUUUAAUGUGGCAAUGAAGUAGAAACAAGCAUUUUGCAGCUGUAAUAUUUGUAAUCAUUAAGAAGAUACAGAAGUAAGAAACGCAAAAUUGGACAUAAAGAAAUUUUUUGUUAUUAUUAUUAUAUUUUGUAAUUAAUAAUUUUUUCCAACUGUAAUGCUUAUAUAUGUAUUUAAAAUCAUCUUUUGUAAAAUUAUAUGAACAAAAUAUUCAUAAAAAUGUAAGUUUUUAAUUUUUUCACAAACUUUAAGCUCUUUUCGGCACCUCAAAAUAUUGUUGAAUUGCUAGAAUUUUUAAAAAUUCUUUUUGAACCUAAAAGCAAACAUUCCAGCACUUUUGUCAAACUAAAAUGUAAGAAAAAAUUUUAAAGCCCCCUUUUUAAAAAUGUCCAUAUUUUCAAUUUUUUUAUAAAUUUCAAGCUCUUUGCGGCACCUCAAGAUAAAGUAAUAUUGCAAUCAUAUUUUUAAAUAUUGUUUUUGAACCUAAAAGGCAACUUUUAGAUUCUAUUACCAAACUAAAAAAUAAAAAAAAAUAAGGCCAUUUUCGCUCCACCCUACUGCACAACCUCAAAAACUGAUUUACAAUUUUAAAAAUAAAAAUAAUUUCAGUUUAUAUGUUUGUUUUUAAUAUACAAAAUA